CCAUCUGUACUGUUUUCACUGGCUUCCCAAUGGAAUUACUAUGAAGCCUCAUUAAUGCGUUUCUACCUCCAUACGUACAUGCAUACAGUCAAGAUAAUCUCUCUUUACCAUAAGUGUCACCUGUGCAGGUUCAAUAUAAUAGUAUAUAUAAUUUAUGCCUCUUUACCAUUCGCAUACAUCACAGUAGCCUCGAUUCAAGGCCUUGAAUCGAGGCUAACAUCACAGGUUCUGGACAGCAAUUCAUUUGAGGAGCUUGCCUCGUACCCCGGCCUCCAUGCCAACGUCUGAGCAUGCCGUUUCAGAAGGAGAACUUUGUGAUGAUCCAGUCCAAUCGUGUGAGGAAGCCACAAAGCUCUGCCUUCCUCUCGGGUCGUCUAGAUCUCUCCCUGUCCACCUUCACCCAUCCCUCUAUUUUCUAUACUCUAUGAUCUAUGGUUGUAGUGAGCAACAAUUAAGAUUCACUGUUACAGUAUAGAGUAUGUAGGUGAUAUUAUUAUAUACAUGUAAUUUGCACGCAUGUCCCCUGCAGUUGAUGAGGAGGAACGUGGUUGAAGUGCAGAGAAUGGCCCCCCACCCCACUCUGGCUUAUUAUCUGAUUAGCUGUAUAUAUGGAUGGCUCUGUGGUGAUGUGGGUGUUUGGUAACUCUCGGCCAGUCUCCACCUAGAUUCCCCCGGGCUCUGGGCCCAGCGUCCGAUUCACUUCAGAGGGAAACAUAGUGUUUCGCUUAUUAAACCUUUAUUGGAUUGGUCCAUUUUUGUGCUACUGAUAUAGUUAAUGGGUGUGGCCCAUGUAAGGGUGCACAGUAGCCCCAUAUAGGUGAGCCUGUUGCAUGGAGGAGGAACGUGGUUGGAGUGCGGAGAAUGGCCCCCCUCACCCCACGCUGGCUUAUUAUCUGACUGGCUGUAUGGAUGGCUCCGUGGUGAUGUGGGAAUUUGGUAACCCUCGGCCAGUCUCCACCCAGAUUCCCCCGGGCUUUGGGGCCAGCGUCACCAUGAUACGAUUCACUCCAGAGGGAAACAAAUAUGGAGUGACUGACAACAGUGGCAAGCUGUCGCUAUGGCAAGGGAUACACACAGCUGCCCGCAAGCCCUACCACUCUCUAUACUCUGGUAUGAAGCACCUCAGUGACUUUCUGUUCCUCGGCUCCUCCAGUUUCAUAGCAACCUGUGGGGACGGCAGUGACAACAGACAUGUUUUCCUGUGGGACACGCUUUUACCGGCAAAGUUAAGUGUUGUGAAAGAGUUUGUGUGUCAUGAAUCCGGUGUGGUUUCCCUUGGUUACUUGCGAGCCAAACAGCGGCUGUUUUGUGGUGACAGACGAGGAGAAGUGCUCAUAUUCGACCUUCGGCAAAUGUGUCUGUUACAGAGUCUAACUGUUCAUAGCUCCGCUGUCAACAGGAUCGUCGUAGACGAUAUCGAUGGCUUUAUUGCCACUGGUUCUGCUGAUGGGGACAUCAAGGUUCUGGACAGCAAUUCAUUUGAGGAGCUUGCCUCGUACCCCGGCCUCCAUGCCAAGUCCAGACUCUUCCGACAGACUGAAGGAGGCAUAACCGACCUGGGAAUAUUGCCUGGGGGUAGAUUGUACUCUUGUGAUGCAGACAGUAGUGUGAAAUGUCAAACUGUAGUGUUAUGAUUUUGUGUGUAUUUGUGUUCUGUAUAAUACGUUCUGUGCCCACUAUAUAUCUGAGUGAGUUUGGAUUCAAAAUGUACAUUUCUCUAC